UUUAGCAGAGCAACUGCAAGGCCUGGGAGGAUACAACUCUAGAGGCGCCUCACUGUCCACUCUGGAAAAGAUAAGAACUGAAGGGAGACAUGUUUGCUAGAAGCCCUGUCCUCAACCAAUCCGGCCCCACUGCGUUUGUGUUUCGAGUCUUCACCACCGUCCUGGAAUUCCAGGCCCUCCUCUUCAUCCUCUUCCACCUCCUCUACUUGAUGAUCCUUUGCGGCAACACAGCCAUCAUCUGGGCAGUGUAAGCACACAGCGCCCUCCACACCCCUAUGUAUUUCUUCCUGUCCAAUCUGUCUCUCCUGGAAAUCUGCUACACCUCCGUUGUGGUGCCUUUGAUGCUUUCCAACAUUCUGGAGGCCCGGAAGCCCAUUCCCUUAGCUGGCUGUGGGACCCAAAUGUUCCUUUUUGUCACCCUUGGCAGCACUGACUGUUUUCUCUUGGCAGUCAUGGCCUACGAUCGCUAUGUGGCCAUCUGCCACCCACUGCACGACACGCUCAUCAUGACCCAGAAGCUGUGCAUCCAAAUGGCGGUCUGUGCCGUGGGCCUGGCCCUCUUCCUCUCCCUGCAGCUCAUCUCCUUAAUCUUCCCCCUGUCCUUCUGCGGGCACCGCCGGGAAAUCAACCACUUCCUGCGUGAUGUGCCGCCGGUCCUGCGGCUGGCCUGCGCGGACACCCGCUUGCACCAGGCUGUCCUCUAUGUCGUGAGCAACCUCGUUCUGACCGUCCCCUUCAUCCUUAUUUCUGUCUCCUAUGUGUUCAUCACCUCCGCCAUCCUGCGCAUCCGUUCUGCUGAGGGCCGCCACCGAGCCUUCUCCGCCCGUUUCUCUCACCUCACCGUGGUCUUGCUGCAGUAUGGCUGCUGCAGCCUGGUCUACCUACGUCCGCAGCCCAGCACCCCAGAGGAUGAGGACACCCUGGUCUACACUUUUGUCACCCCCUUACUCAACCCCCUGAUUUACACUCUGCGGAACAAGGACGUCAGAGGCGUUCUGAGGAAUGCCAUCAUCAGUAAAGCAGCUUCUGAUACCAACUGA